UGGAAACAUUAUCGUACGUCCACAUGUAAUCUUGUUUCAUCUAACCAGUGUCCACCAGAUUAGAACAACGUGUGCACUUUCAAAACCUUUCUUCUGCAAAACAGAAACUUCUUCUAGCACUUUAAACCUUCUCUUCAUUCUACCUAAACAUAUCAUUCACCAAACUCUUAUUUCCCAUCCAGAUUUUCCCUUCAAUUUCCAAGGACAAUCUGGAUUUCAGUUGUUACCCUCUUAUCUCCAGGAACCUGUGUAAAAAGUUCUGUCUUUUUGAACUUGUCCAUCAAUAAAAUUUGGAUUCUUUAUCUUUCUUACACACAUACCCAUUAUUGGAUUUGAACUGGUUUUUAUUGCCACCCAUGGCCCUUCAUAUAAGCAGUGCUUGUUUUACUGUUACGGGUCACUCAAUAGUUCACAGAGUAAAAGCCACUGCUUCAGAGGGUUCUGCUACUCUUAAGACACUGGAAGAGAAGGUGAAGUUAGGUGGUUCUGAUUUGAAGGUUACAAGACUGGGAAUUGGAGCUUGGUCUUGGGGAGAUACUACUUAUUGGAACAAUUUUGAGUGGAAUGAUAGGAAGGAGAAGGCUGCUAGAAAUGCUUUCAAUGCCAGUAUUGAUGGUGGUCUAACCUUUUUUGACACCGCUGAAGUUUACGGUUCGGGGCUUUCUUUAGGAGCCAUAAAUUCAGAGGUUCUUCUUGGAAGAUUUAUUAAGGAAAGAAAACAAAGGGAUCCAGACAUUGAGGUUGCAGUUGCAACCAAAUUUGCUGCACUGCCAUGGAGAUUUGGCCGUCAAAGUGUUCUCACUGCCCUUAAAGAUUCCCUUUGUCGACUAGGACUGGCAUCAGUGGAUCUUUAUCAGCUUCAUUGGCCUGGAGUGUGGGGAAAUGAAGGUUAUAUUGAUGGUCUGGGUGACGCUGUUGAAAAGGGACUUGUAAAGGCUGUUGGAGUUUCAAACUAUAGUGAAAAGCGACUUCGUGAGGCCUAUGAGAAGCUCAAGAAAAGAGGUAUUCCAUUGGCUUCAAACCAAGUAAACUAUAGCCUCAUCUACCGGGCUCCUGAAGAAAAUGGUGUAAAGACUACCUGUGAUGAACUUGGGAUUACAUUGAUCGCAUAUUCACCAAUUGCUCAAGGUGUUCUUACUGGAAAGUAUACUCCAGAUAAACCACCAACUGGGCCUCGAAGAAGAAUUUAUACUCCAGAAUUCCUAACAAGGCUCCAACCGUUGCUGAACAGGAUCACUGAAAUAGGAGAGAAGUAUGAUAAAACUUCCACUCAGGUAUCCCUGAACUGGCUGGUAGCACAAGGCAACGUUGUGCCAAUUCCUGGAGCUAAGACAGCAGAACAAGCUGAGGAAUUUAAAGGUGCACUUGGGUGGAGACUAACUGAUGAAGAGGUAGCUGAGCUACGAAGUUUGGCUUCAGAAAUUAGGCCUGUUGUUGGUUUUCCGGUUGAAAACCUCUAAAAUUUAGUUAAGCACUAAACAGUUGCAGCAUACACCCUCUAAGUUAAAUGUAAAGUUAUGGGAAAAAAAACAAAAAAAAAAACCCUUAAAUUUUGUAUCUUCCUAUAUAUAAUUUUAUCCUUAUAUAUUUGUAAUAAGAUUAUUUCUCGGAUUCAAACAGAUAAAGCUUUUUAAUUACAAAGAAAUAACUUUACCA